UCAUAAACACGGUCAUGGAGCUAUCAAACAACACCAAAGGAAGAGAUCCCUCAGUCGGCAUGGGAAAAGGUAUAGCAGCAAGCAUCGUCCUUGGAAUAACAUGUCUCAUUGGAAUUCCAGGAAAUUCAAUGGUUAUCUGGGUGAUAUUGGCUAAGAUGAAAAAGCGAUCGUCCACAAUUUUGCUGAUCCUGAAUCUGGCCAUUGCGGAUCUGGUUGUUCUGAUCACAUUACCUCUAUGGAUUUAUUCCAUCACAAACAGCUGGGUCUUUGGAGAAGCUUCGUGCAAGGUCCUUGGCUAUCUCAUUUAUUGCAACCUGUAUGGCAGUGUGUUCUUCAUCAUGUUAAUGAGCAUUGAUCGUUUCAUGGCUGUAAUCUAUCCAUUUGCAUCACAAAAAUGGCGGAAGGAAAGCUCCAUUUGCAAAGUGGUUGCUAUUGUUUGGAUACUGGCUUUUCUCUUUGCUGUUCCUAUUAUUUUAGUUAAAAAAGUUGAGGUUAUAAAUGGUAAGCCCCAGUGUUCAGUCCGUGAAUAUGAUUCUGAAGCCCAACAAAUUACCUGCCUCACAUUGGAAACAUUUGUUGGAUUUGUGAUUCCUUUUACAGUGCUCGCUAUCUGUUAUGUAUAUGUUGCUAGAAGGGUGAACAAAAUGACUUUUAAGAGUAAAAACAAAUCUGAAAUGCUAAUUGCUGGUAUUGUGAUAGCAUUUGUAAUCUGCUGGCUUCCUUACCAUGUGUUCAAUGUGAUCGAAUUUGCUUCCCUGAUGGUGAAGCCAAACUCGGAUGCAUCAAAUACACUGGAGCACAUUUCUGAGGUUGGAUCAUACGUUACUGGAGCUUUAGCUUUCAUCAGCAGUAGCAUUAACCCUCUGCUUUAUGCAUUUGCUGCCAAGAGUUUGCGGAGUGGUUUUCGGUCCUCAGUAAUGGCAAAGGUAUUUGAGCAAAUGGGUCAGUCGACUAAAGAUGAAUAUACUAUGGAACGCAUUAAUACAACGAAAAUGGAAAGUAUCCAAGAUUUGUAAACCUUUGUUGUGUUGAUAAUGAAGUGUUGUAUUCUCUCCUGCAUGAAUAUAAAUGGCAAAAACUGGAUAGGACGUAAGUUAAAUGCAGCAGAAAUAACCGAAUCACUGGUGCUGAACCUUAUAGGUGACAUUUCACACAGAAAUAAAUGUUACAUUGUGACUUAUCUAUACCUUAGUAAAGAUUGACUGGUCAAUUUCUAAUUGAAAAGUUUGUUCGGAGUUUAUUCUAAUGGAUUAUAUCUUUGCAUGCCACACAACUUAAUGAACACUUUAUUAGAUGACUGGAUUUAUUCCCUUUUCUCUUCUGCCUUCUGCCUUUGUUGAUGGCAUAUAGUUCUGGGUGACUUCCACUAUUUCAUUGUCUUCAACCUUCAACAAAUGCACACUUAAUUCACAAUAAAUCAACAUGGCCUAAAAAUUGACAAAGAUUUCUAUCCCUGAAGAACCAAAGGACGAUGUACUGAACUUUUCAAGCAGAUUUGGGCUGAAAAGAAGAGCUGAAGAAUUUAUUCAUACAGGCUCAAACAGGAUGCAGCUAGAAUUUGAGUAUCUGUGUUCUCCUCUGUACCACUGUGUGUGACUAUCAACAAAAGUUUAAAGGGCAACAUAUAAGGAACAAAGAUGAUACCCCAUUGUUGGUUAUGUCCCUGGCAGCCUUUGAAAGUGGCAAUUGUCAGGAUCUUCUUUAUCCACCAACUUUGCAGAAUGCAUCGGCACAACAUUGUGGGCCAAAUGGCCUGUCCAGUGCUGUACUGUUCUAUGUUCUAGUGCUGAUAAGCUCAGACUUUGUCCCAUCAAAGCAUUUUUGUUGUGCUAAUAGUUGAACACUGAUCACUUCUAUUCAUACAGUCUCAGAACUGCAGAAGGUGACCAGAAUUGUACAAUCAAAGGGGGACAGGUUGUGUCAAUCAAAUUGUCAAGGAUGUGACUUUUGUGAUUUUUUUUUACUAUGAUACACAUUAACAACUUGUGGAUAGCUGCGGCAGAUUUCUGUAUACACGGGAAUACAUUCCUUCAAGUGAUUGCUGGAAUAUUAUUUUAGAGUUAAGGAGUGAGAAAUAUUUAAAGUUGAAGGGCAGCUUCAAGGGAACUUUGGACAGAGGUGAUCAUUUGUACUGAUAGGGCAGGGCUCCUUCGAGCAAUCACUGAAGUGAGUUGUGUUCCAUGGCAGUAUUGGGGAAAUGUUCACUUGAGGAGAAGUCAUAGAUAUAAUUAAGGGUUAAUGGGUGUAAGAUUUAGAGUGUGGAAGCCAUAACAAUGUACAAGGGUUUGUAAUAUUUUAUCUUCAGUGGUUCUAGGUAACAUUUCAUUUUAUUUGCAAGCUUGUUCAGUCUUUAAAAUCUUUUAAUAGAAUUCGGGCCAUGCUGCUCCAUGACUAGUCUUAAACCAUCUGGAUAGGUUCAGGCUGACCCCAGAGGUUAGGUGUUGGAGGAAACUACCUAUAGCACUCAACAUCUAUUAAUCAAGACAGUAAAGAGUAGAUCUUGUGCUUUCAGAUUAAAGGUUUUCUCAAAAGAAGCGAUAUAUCAGAUGGAGAAGAGGCAAAAUUGGAUGUACAAGCUAAAGGGAACAAAGAUUGGGAUUACAGAAAACAAAGACAAUUGUACUCUAGCAAGUAGAAGGGGUGAACUGUGGGGAGAGAUGGAUGUGUGAGGGGUGGGGGAGAAUGACAGAGUGGCCAUUAGUGAUAUACGGCUUAAAGAUGGGCAGGAUCAA